AUGGGUCGGAAAGUUGUAGUUGCGGUAUGUACUCUAAAUCAGUGGGCGCUCGAUUUCGAGGGUAAUUUAAAUAGAAUUUUGCAAUCUAUCCAAGAGGCCAAAGAGAUGGGCGCUCUUUAUAGAAGCGGACCCGAAUUAGAAGUAUGUGGAUACAGUUGUGAAGAUCACUUUCAUGAGCCCGACACAUUUUUACAUAGUUGGCAAGUUUUGGCAGAACUGCUUAAGUCACCAACUUGUAAAGAUAUCCUCAUAGAUGUGGGUAUGCCAGUCCAGCAUCGAAAUGUCUCAUACAAUUGCCGAGUUGCAUUUUUAAACAAAAAAAUAUUAUUGAUUAGACCAAAGAUGUUGAUAUGUGAAGACGGAAAUUACAGAGAAACUAGGUGGUUUUCUCCUUGGACAAAAGAUAGACAGAUAGAAGAUUAUUAUUUGCCAAGAAUGAUAACUUCUAUAACUAAUCAGACGACGGUGCCUAUUGGAGAUGCAGUUAUCUCUACCAUAGAUACAUGCAUUGGUUUUGAAAUUUGUGAAGAAUUGUGGAAUCCUCAAAGUCGUCAUAUACCUUUAGGUCUUGACGGUGUAGAAAUAAUAUCAAACGGAUCCGGAAGUUAUAUGGAACUAAGGAAAGCAUACGUAACGGUUGAUUUAGUAAAAAGUGCGUCAUUUAAAAGUGGAGGUGCAUACUUGUUUAGCAAUUUGCGAGGAUGUGAUGGACAAAGAAUUUAUUUCAACGGUUGUUCCUGUGUAGCGGUUAAUGGAGAGAUUGUUAGUCGAUCGUUACAAUUUGCUCUGCAUGAUGUCGAAGUGAUAACGGCAACGAUAGAUUUAGAAGACAUACGUUCGUAUCGCACAAAUAAGCGAUCUAGAUCGCAUUUGGCUGCGUCCAAUCGACCAUUUCCUAGAAUUUCAGUAGAUUUUUCACUGUCUGAUGAAGAUGACGUGCAUUUGAUAAUUAGUCCACCUAUAGAAUGGAAAUACUUGACACCUGAAGAAGAAAUUGAAUUAGGACCGGCGUGUUGGUUGUGGGACUACCUGCGACGGUCCGGUCAGGGCGGCUUCUUCUUGCCACUCAGUGGCGGGGCGGACUCGACCAGUACGGCGUGUAUCGUUUUCUCAAUGUGCACUCAGAUAUGUGAGGCGGUGCAGAAAGGAGAAAGUCAAGUUUUAUAUGAUGUAAGGAAAAUCCUCUGCCAAUCUGAUUACACACCGUCCGACCCGAUGGAGUUGUGUAAUAGGUUGCUAGUGACUUGUUACAUGGCGUCGGAAAAUUCCAGUAACGAAACUAAACAAAGAGCCUCACAACUUGCCAGUGAAAUAGGUAGUUAUCAUUUCCCCAUACUGAUUGAUUCUGCCGUGAGUGCAGUUAUAGGAAUAUUUACUACUGCGACUGGAUUAGUUCCUAAGUUCAUGAGUAAGGGAGGCUGUCCGAGGCAAAAUCGUGCCUUGCAAAAUAUUCAGGCUCGUCUCAGAAUGGUAUUAGCGUAUCUUUUUGCACAAUUAAUGCUAUGGGCGCGAGGAAGGCCGGGUGGUUUGCUAGUUUUAGGCUCGUCUAAUGUGGACGAAGCGUUAAGGGGUUAUAUGACCAAGUAUGAUUGUUCGAGCGCCGAUGUUAAUCCUAUAGGAGGAAUAUCCAAGACCGAUUUGAAAUCUUUUCUACAAUAUGCAAAGAACCGCUUUUUCUUGCCAUCUCUAUCUGAAAUAUUACAAGCACCUCCAACAGCAGAGUUAGAGCCUCUAGCUGAUGGACAAAUAACACAAACGGAUGAAGAGGAUAUGGGCAUGACAUAUGCAGAACUGUCAGAAUUUGGUCGACUCAGAAAAACCUUUCAUUGCGGACCUUACAGUAUGUUCCAGAAAUUGGUUCAUAAGUGGAGUAAUAAAUGUACUCCAGAAGAGGUAGCAGAAAAAGUAAAGCACUUCUUCCGUUGCUACGCGAUACACCGUCACAAGAUGACGGUGCUGACGCCGUCCUACCACGCGGAGACCUACAGCCCCGACGACAACCGCUUCGACCACCGCCCAUUCCUCUACCGGGUGCAUUGGAACUGGCAGUUCAAGACCAUCGAUGAUGCUGUUGCACAAAUGGCAAAGGAUAAACGUACGAAGCAAGGUGACUUCAAUAGCAAUAAAGAAGCUUCCAACUCUACUGUGAAUCUUACUGCUCACUUUAAUUUGCGCCAAGAAAGGAAGGGAGUACUUAUA